GUUUCAGAAUGCUACCAAUUGCAAUUAUUCUCACACCAAUAAUCGCUGUCUCAGCCUUGCCCGCAUACGUAAACCACGAUGAUAUAUCCGAGAUUCGGGAAGAAUAUCCAUCUGUGAAUUUGGAGCUAUUGAAGUAUGUCAGCGAUGCCCUCAGCGGACUAUUUAAAUCGCAAGAAGCAACCACUACGACUGAUCCGCGGGGUUUAAAUUUUGCACAAUUCGUAGCAACCGAAAAGUGUAGCAAUCAAGCUGCUUGGGGAUGUUUCACGGAUAUCGACACAAACAAUGACGGCUUUGUGUCACCGGACGAAUUGGCAGAAUACGAUAAAUUGUCUAUGGCAAGGGUAGAAGGAAUGUAUAAUGAUUACCUAGACAGCACUUUUAUAGAAGCCGAUAACGACCACGACGGCUUUGUAUCCUACAAAGAAGGAGUAGACUAUGCUGAGAAUGUACUAAAAGUUCAUGCGGAUGAUAACUGGGAACGUCUUUUCCGCGAAAGAGACUUCGAUAGUGAUGGCCGAUUGAGCAAGAAGGAAUUCAAGAGUCUCAUGACGUCAUGGUAUCGAGGCGAUUACGGUCUUCAAUACAACGACUAUACAGUAACUUCACCAGAUCCACUGGAAUCAAAAGAGGAUCCGGAUUCUUCUGAUAAAAAAUUGUAG